AUGAUGACUAUAAGAUUUGCUCAGUUGGAUAAUAAUGAAAACCAAUGGAUAGACAAUGUUUACAAUAAAUGCAUUAAAAGUGUGGUCAAAAUUAGACGACGCGAUAUGACUAACAAUAAAUAUGAAUAUAAGGCAACCGGUUGGAUAGUAGAUGCAACUAAUGGCCUAAUUGUCACCAAUUAUCAUAACGUCGAGGACCGUCCAGUUGUUUUGGUUGGGUUACCGAGUGCUUACCAAGUGUCUGGCCUGUUGGUUGACAUACCAAAUAAAGAUCCCAUCUUAAGAGAUAAGGAAGAAAUAAGCGAGUGGUGGGCGCAUGUGAUUUAUGUUGAACCGCAUCUGGAUCUGGCACUGUUGACAUUACCAAAGAUCAAGUCCGGACAGUUAGCUCAGCUUAGGAUUGCCAAAACAGACGCCACAUUUGGCGAUCAAGUAAUGGCCAUUGGAUUUCCAAAAUUCCCUAAAUCAGUGAUAACCGGUAUAAUAAAAUAUAUGAACUAUUUCGUUGAAAUAUCAGAUGGAUGGUAUGGUUAUGAGCACCUGAUGUGGCCCACAAACCAGUUGUAUAUGUUUGCAUCGAUUACGGCUUCAGAAGGUUGUUCCGGUGGAGCAGUGGUCAACACGGAUGGCCAAGUGGUGGGUGUAUUAUUUAGUACUGGUUUUAAGGCACUGACCAUUACUAGAAGACAGGAUCUGUUUGAUUUUAUAGACAGAGCUAAAGGCAAAGGACAGGAAAUUCGUCAGAAAUUAGUAAAUGAUAGAAAACAGUUGUAUUCCUCCGGCAAACCAUUUAUCGGUGUUUUUGUCAAAUACAGUACUGAUAGUCAAACCUAUUGUGUCCAUAAAUAUAUGCCAAACGCUAAGAAUGUCAGUUAUCCAUUGGACAGUCAAUUGAAUUGGGGAUUAAAAAACUUAAUACACAAGAAGUGA